ACAAAACACAAUGACUCAAACAGCUGACUUAUGGUGUUUAAGCAAAGAAAGAAGAAACAGCCAAAAUGUCACCCACUGAAAAGUCAGUGUCUGCACUACUACAAUGACGAGAACACUCCUAUUGUGGAUCCUCAUUCUAAAUGCCUCACUCAAGCUCUCAGAAAGCCAUGGAUAUGAGUUUGAAGAGGUGAAGCACUAUGAGGUGGUUCGGCCCGUCAGACUUCACUCAGUCAGAAAAAGACAUGCAGAGCAGAACCUCAGACCAGAAACCAUCAACUACGCACUGACCGUAGGAGGAAAAGACAUACAGAUGGAACUAAAGAGAAAUGAUAAAUUAUUGAGCAAAGACUACACUGAGACUUAUUAUCAAGAAGAUGGGACUCGAGUCACCACAAGACCAGAUGACAUUGAUCACUGCUACUAUCAAGGGAAGAUUGUGAAUGACAACGAAUCAUCUGUUAGCAUCAGCACUUGUGAUGGACUCAGGGGUUACUUCAGAAUAUCUGCCCAGAGGUACCUGAUUGAGCCUCUGUCUGGGGACGAUGAGGGAGAUCAUGCAGUGAUGACAUUCAAUGAGAGCAACUUCACACCUAGAGUGUGUGGUGUCACCAACACCAGCUGGAGCGCUGGCUAUGAACCCCCAACAAGCCGCAGCCGCUCCAGAUCAGGGGGUAUAUCUAUCAUCCAGCAGCAGAAAUAUAACGAGCUUGUUCUUGUGGCAGAUAACCGUGAGUAUGUAAAGCUGAAACAAGAUCAAACACAGCUGAGAAAGAAGAUAUUUGAAAUUGUGAACUUUGUCAACAUGGUAUACAAACCCCUGAGGACUUUCAUUGCUCUCGUGGGGCUGGAGGUCUGGUCCAAUGGUGACUUGAUCACUGUGACCCCCCCGGCUGGGGCAAACUUGGGCGCUUUCGAAAAGUGGAGGAACUCUGAUCUGGUGAAAAGGAUAAAGCAUGACAAUGCACAUCUCGUCAGUGGUAUUGACUUUGAGGGACAAACUGUGGGCCUGGCUUACGUUGGAACUCUUUGCUCCAGUCUCUCUGUUGGGGUAAUACAGGAUCACAAUAACGGUGCCAUUCCAGUGGGAGCGACACUGGCUCAUGAGAUGGGCCACAACCUGGGAAUGGACCACGAUGACUCCAGUAUCUGUGUUUGUUCUGGAGAAAGUUGCAUCAUGGCUGCAGCCCUCAGCUCAAACAUUCCUCGGACUUUCAGUACCUGCAGUGCCAAUAGCUAUGAGAAAUUCCUGACCAACCGAAACCCCACCUGCCUACUGGACAAACCCAACUACAGAAGUGUGGUUGCUCCUUCAGUCUGUGGGAACGGGUUUGUGGAGAAAGGAGAGCAGUGUGACUGUGGCACUGUGGAGGAGUGCACCAACCCAUGUUGCAAUGCCACCACCUGCACCCUCACUCAGGGUUCACAGUGUGCCGAUGGCGAGUGCUGUGACGACUGUAAAAUCUCGCCUCGCUCUAAGGAGUGCCGCACACAGCACGAUGAGUGUGAUCUGGCAGAGUACUGCGAUGGGACAAGCGCCACGUGUCCUGAGGAUGUCUUUGCUGUGAAUGGCCUCCCAUGCCAGGAAGACCUGGGAUACUGCUACAAUGGCCAGUGUCCACAGAGGCCAAACCAGUGUGUCAGGCUCUAUGGACCAGGUGCUACAGAGGCUCCUUCAUUCUGCUAUGACCAGAACACCAGAGGAACGUACUAUGCUUUCUGCAGCCGUCUGCAGAACCAGUACAUCCCCUGUCAGAAACAAGACAAAUUUUGUGGGAAGCUCUUCUGUCAGAACGGUAAUGACAACCCAAACUAUGGCCGCAUGGUCAAGGUCAGUAACUGCAAGGCAGCUUUCUUUGAUGACUACACCAAAGAUAAUGGCCAGGUGGAUCAUGGGACUAAAUGUGGGGAUGGAAAGGUGUGCAGCCAAUACCAGUGCAUGGAUCUUGAGACAGCUUACAGAAACAUAAACUGUUCUGCAAAAUGCCCAGGUCACGCGGUGUGUAAUCACAGGAGUGAAUGUCAGUGUGAGCCUGGAUGGCUGCCACCUAACUGUGAUUCACAAGAUUUAGAAUCUCUUUCUCCUGGAGUAAUUGCUGCUAUCAUAGUGGCAGUUUUACUAGUGGUUCUAGGCAUCAUUGCUGCUGUGGUAGGGCUCGCCUGGAAAAGAAGGCAAAGACCCAUUGCACACACUCAAAGGAAGCAGCCAGCAGUGAGCAUCUAUGCUCAACAAGUGCCUGUACAAGUGCCACAGGCUGGAAGGCCAAAGCCCAGAGGACCACCACCUCCACCACCUCCAGCUGGGAACAGACUGAAACCCACGGGACCAAACUACAUAGCUGCACGUCAGGCUCUGAGGCUGGUGCCUAAUCCACAGGUCUGAUGUGUGAUGCAGUGCCACCUGCAAAUGAACCUGGGGAGACGUUGUCCAUUGUCCCCAAUGAGAGACACAUUUCUAUUUAAGUCAUCCUGUCACAGUGGCUUCCUCUGUGUGUGCAUGCAUGCCACUGAUGUGCAAGAUGGACAAACUGGACUGUAAAUUGUUACUUGCAUGCCAUAUGCUUGAACAAACUUUUCUAUUUUUAAGACGCUUUCUUAUACUAUAGGGUUGGGGUUCAUGCAGCCAGAAACAGCCCUGGCCCUGAAUGUUAGACAUGUGUUCUUUGAUUUUAUAUUUCUAUUUGUAUAUUGCACAAGAGUGGAUUUAAUUGUUAAACUGUUCAGGAAAAGCAAUAGCACAAUAUUUUAGUUUUGUAAUGUGCUACACGUCAACAUUUCUAGUGAAAUCCCAAGCAAUGUCUGUCUUGAAAACACUAAAAUAAGAAAAUACAACAAUGGGAUAGUGUUGUCAGAUCUGCUAGGAGUUCCUAUUAAUGCUUUGUUGAGAGGGGGUCCAGUUAGACUUAGAGAGAUUAUGUUAGACAUCUCAGAAUCCAAAUGUAGACCUGCAACAUGUUGUCUGCCUAAGGUUAGGUUCAUUUCCUAUUAAAUGAAAUGUCACCAUGACUCCUGUUGUUAUGGUAUUUACAAUCAGCGCACUACUUAAGAUUUUAAAAAAACUUUUGACAAGCUUGUUCCUACAAUCAUGGCAAAAACACUAUUGGCACCCCUGUAUUUCUGUCAGGAACCACUUCACCCGGAAAAUUGUUGCAAUCACAAAUUCUUUGGUAUUCUCAUGUUUAUUU